ACGUCUAAGGAGCAGCCGCAUCUGCCAUUAUGUGUUGCAUCGUGGCACCUGAGGCUCGUGGGAGAAGCGCUGUUAGAGAGAGUAGGGGACAUGUCGUUGAACGUGGGUCCGUACUGUGCUGGUACGGAGCCAACUAGUCUUCCCAAACAAAACGCUUGAACUUCUGAUUUUUUAUUCUCCUAAUCAAAGCAAGACCUCGCCAGACGCAAGGUAUAUCAGCGCGCUUCCGAGUCUCUGGGAGCGCCCGAUUACCGAGCAAUGCCACUAUGCCCGGUCCGGACCCCGAAAAGGAUUAAACUGGGUAACGAAAUCGCGAAGGGAAUGGAGCAAACGGAUGCUCGAAGCGAGUCGACACAGGAGCCAGCACUUUCGCCCAGCAUCACCGUGGACCCCAUCGAUCCUGAUGGUGACCUCCUGCUUCGCGUCGGCACAGCGCUUGGCGAUGUCCAGCCUUGCGACUUCAAUCUCUGCCCUGCCGCGAUGCGGCGCGCUUCCCCGAUCUGGAGGAGCAUGCUCUAUGGUCCGUGGUCAGAGGCUAAGCCCACACAGGGCGACUGGCUCGUCGAGCUGCCCGAGGACAAGCCAGAGCCGGUCAAGACGCUUGUGCUGAUCGUCCAUGGAACGUUUGCCGCGAUACCGAAGGAAAUCUCGCUGCAUACGCUGUACGAAAUCAUCAUUGUCCCGGACAAGUAUAAUUUAAUCCACAUUCUUGGGCCAUGGGAGCCAGCCUUGAAGAAGUGGGACUUCACAAGUGAUACCGGAAGUGUCCUGAUUAUGUCGACUUAUGUGGCCUGGCCAUUGGGUUUCGAGGAUAACUACGCUUGUAGAGGACACUAGGAAACUCGGUUUCGGCCUGGCAUGCACUGAAACGGUGUUCUCCUAUAACGACCAAGACGUCACUUUGGGCAGCCACUCAUGGCUGCUGGACUUGCUAGAUGUCGUCUCUGAACUACGACUUUCACUCAUCCAAACGCUCCUCGACCUUUACCACGCCGAAGUUGAAUGCCGGUUGCCUGGAGGAGAAGGUGGUUGUGAGGAUGAAGAUCCCGAGUGCGACGCUCUGAUGCUCAGGGAAAUUUGGCGGCACUUC